CCUUCUGCUCUCUUCCUUCUCCUGUAAUUUAGUCUCGAAUUUCGACAUUUCAUUCUACGUCCCAUACUUUCUUGCUGUACUCUGCAAUCAAAUAUAUUAAAAACGUCUUAUUCCUUUUUCUUUCUCUCUUUCUUUUUACUUCCAAAACCGUUUGUUCCCAUGGGUUUGCCUUGAUUUGCGCCAAUGUUGCAAUACUAAAAGCCAAACCGACUUUACGUUGUUUUAUGUUUGUUCAUUGAUAUUCUUCGUUCCCCCCCCCCUUUGUUCAGAGCUUGUUCUCGUGAUCCUUUGAUAAUUUGCAGGAGUUGGACGGAAUGACCAACUAGUUUGGGUGGGGAGAGUUGAUCAUACGUGCCGGCGGGAAGGAAGGAAGGGAAGAAGAGUGAGAGAGAGAGAGAUAAAGUGAUAUUGUGAACGUCGUGUGAAAAUAUGCCUCAUCGAACAACGUACUUCUUCCCUAGGCAAUUUCCCGAUCGUGGGUUCGAUGCGUCUACUAAGCAACUAUUGAAUCAGGAGAAAAAGCUUGCCGCCAAUGAAACAUUCCCCACAGCUACAGCUGCUGCGUUUGGAACCGCGACUUCAACAGCAACAACACCAGCCAUAAGCAACUUCAACGCUGAAAAUGACCGCAACAACUCAAUCUCAGGGACAGCGUCAAAAGAUUUUAGGACGCCAGCUGCUAAGACCGACAACGACAACUACAGCUACUCUCCGUUAUCAGAUCUUUUCACAGACGAAAAGCUUCGCGUCAAAAAACAACAGCUCGCCGCUUUCCUCGAUUGGUUCGUCGACAAAAAAUCUACUACUAACAGAUCACGUCACGUGAAACCGUCCUCUCGACGCCUCUCUUCGAGUACCGAUCAUGAUGAAGAUCAACAGUUGUUAUUAGCUCCGGAACCAGCUCCGCCGCCACAGCCUUCACCUCCUCCUCCGGCACCUGCUCCGGAAACCAGCGCCGUCAUUGAUGACCGCAGUGUUGACAGAAACUUUAACCGGCAGGUGUCACUUACGAGGUUCUCUAGUGGUAGUAGCUAUGCUGGGAGCUUGUUUUCUGGGACGACAUUGGAUGGAACCUUGUCGAGCGACGUUAAAGAUACUUGGACUAAGGAGACAUCAUCGACCCCCGUGCCGGAGAUGGAGGAAGUCGAGGAACAAGAGGUGGAGAAGAGUAAAGAUGACUUAGCGCUCAAGUCAAAGGAAAGUUAUUAUUUACAGGUUAUGCUGGCUAGAAGGCUUACCUCUCAAGCAAGUCUAUUCGGUGAAUCUUUGCUUUUGCAGGAGUAUCGUGGACCUGUUGUUGUCGAUGCAGAAACUGUUUCUUAUCGUCUAUGGAUUAGUGGCUGUUUAUCAUACAAUGAUAAGAUAUCAGAUGGUUUUUAUAAUAUUAUUGGGAUGAAUCCAUAUCUAUGGGUGAUGUGUAACAAAUUCGAAGAAGGAAGACGCUUACCACCUUUGAUGUCUCUUAAAGAAAUUGAACCCAGCGAGACGUCUAUUGAGGUUGUUCUUGUUGACAAACGAGGGGAUUCGCGCCUAAAAGAGCUUGAAGAUAAAGCCCAAGAGUUAUACUGUGCUUCAGAAAACACCUUAGUGUUGGUCAAGAAACUUGGAAAGCUUGUUGCUAUAUACAUGGGAGGAACAUUUCCAGGGGAGCAAGGAGAUCUUCACAAACGCUGGAAAUUGGUCAGUAGGAGAUUGAGGGACUUUCAUAAGUGUGUUGUACUCCCCAUUGGCAGCCUAUCAAUGGGACUUUGCAGGCAUCGUGCAAUCCUCUUUAAGAAAUUGGCGGACUAUAUCGGUUUGCCCUGUAGGAUUGCUCGAGGAUGCAAAUAUUGUGCAGCCGAUCAUCGUUCUUCUUGCCUUGUCAAAAUCGAAGAUGACCGGCAAUCACCGAGGGAAUAUGUAGUUGAUCUAGUUGGGGAGCCAGGGAAUAUCCACGGUCCAGAUUCAUCUAUCAAUGGAGGAUUCCUUUCGUCAAUGCCUUCACCAUUUCAAAUUUCUCAUCUAAAAGAAUUCCAACAGCCUCAUAUGGAUAGUGCCUCGCAUUGUCAGAUUAAAAAUCCAAAGGAUUCACUUUCUCUUUGUGAGAAUCCUAUACUUUCAGGUGGCAAUGAGAAAUCUCAAGAAUUGAAGGGCAGCGACUUGCUUGAAAGUCAAAAGGCAUCAAUAUAUGCACCGAUUUCUCAAGGUUGUUUUGGAAAGGAAUCUUUGCUGACUUCUGAAACUGCAGCUGUUACAACAAUGCCCGAAAAUUCUGAACUCAGUAGAGACAAAGUUGCCUUAGAUCAAACUCUUAGAAAAGAGAUUGUUAUACCUGGUAGCUCAGUGGUGAAAAGUGUAAAUCAGUUGAAAGUUACCUCGCCAAGUCAGGUAGAUCUGGAGGAGAUCGGGGUUGAACUUGAUAACCGGGGUAGAUUCUCUGCUGUCACCAUCCCAAAAUUUAUAAAUCUUGAACCUUCUCUUGCGAUGGAUUGGCUUGAGAUAUCAUGGGAUGAAUUGCAUAUUAAGGAGCGCGUUGGUGCUGGUUCAUUUGGAACAGUUCAUCGUGCUGAGUGGCAUGGAUCGGAUGUUGCGGUCAAAGUUUUGACUGUCCAAGAUUUUCAUGAUGAUCAGUUGAAGGAGUUUCUAAGAGAGGUUGCUAUAAUGAAACGCGUUCGACAUCCAAAUGUGGUCCUCUUCAUGGGAGCUGUUACGAAGCGGCCUCAUCUGUCAAUAGUGACCGAGUAUCUGCCAAGGGGUAGUUUAUACCGCCUCAUUCAUAGGCCAGCUGCUGGGGAAACAAUGGAUCAGAGGAGACGAUUGCGCAUGGCAUUGGAUGUGGCCAAGGGGAUCAACUAUCUUCAUUGUCUUCAUCCUCCCAUUGUUCACUGGGACCUUAAAUCCCCGAAUCUGUUGGUCGAUAAGAAUUGGACAGUAAAGGUGUGUGAUUUUGGAUUGUCCAGAUUCAAAGCGGGCACUUUUAUAUCAUCAAAAUCUGUCGCGGGAACACCUGAGUGGAUGGCUCCGGAAUUCCUUCGUGGAGAGCCUUCAAAUGAAAAAUCCGAUGUCUACAGUUUUGGAGUAAUCCUAUGGGAGCUUGUGACCAUGCAACAACCUUGGAGUGGACUCAGUCCUGCCCAGGUGGUCGGUGCUGUUGCUUUCCAAAACAGAAGACUCACCAUUCCACCGAAUACCUCUCCAAAAUUGGCUUCCCUAAUGGAAUCAUGUUGGUCUGACGAUCUGACUCAACGGCCAUCUUUCGCCAACAUAGUAGAAGCACUAAAGAAGCUUCUCAAGUCUCCAUUACAGUGACAGAGUGACCCUUAACCCAAGCCAUUCCCACGGUGAAAAUAGCAUGGAAUAAGCCGGUUCAGGGAAUUCUAUUUUAACUGCAGCAAGCAACUCUUGCACUUGGCUUGGCUGUAUAAUGUUUAUUCCACCAACAGAACUGCAACUGUAGAUUUAGAUGUGUUAUAUAACCAAACCCAUUUGGGAGGCGGUUAAAUUCCCAUUUUAAAAAAGAAGGGGCCUAUGAAUAAAUGUUACAGCAAACUAUUUAAACCGACUUUUCUGUAUUAAAUAUGUUUUUGUUGUUUUAAGACCAUGGGGGCUGCCUUCCAAAGAAAGUAUAAAUCCUAUGAAUAGAUGUGUAUAAAUCCGAAGGGGUUUAAGAAUUCGGAAAUUUACCUUUGGCUAUAUAGUAUUUAUUAUGUAUUUUCUUUGUAAAUGAUGGGUUGUGUAAUCGUUAAUUCGGUUAUCAAAGCCUAUAGAAACCAGAGUUUGAGAUAUUUGGCAUACAGUAUU